UUUGCAGGUGAGGAUUCACUUAACCAACAAAAGUUUCAUUUCGUGAUCGAAGAAGAGAAGGUAGUGCUGGAUGGAGAGGAGGUUCAGAUUGACAUCCUAGACACUGCCGGAUUGCGGUUAGACUCACGCGAGCAACGGGAUAAUUACUUUCGUGAGUGGAUAAGGCUUUCUCUGUGUCUCUUUCUAUCAUGGAAAGCAAGAAUCUUUCAAGCCACGGCAGAAUUUAGAGAACAAAUUUUACGAGUGAAAAAUGACGAAAACAUUCCAUUCCUGUUGGUUGGGAACAAGUGUGACUUAGAGGAGAAGCGACAAGUUAGUAAUGACGAAGCCACAAAACGGGCCCAGGAAUGGAAGGUGGUGUACGUGGAAACCUCAGCAAAGACCAGGACGAACGUAGACAAGGUAUUCUACGAUUUGAUGAGGGAGAUUCGCUCACGGAAGAUGGAAGCAAGUCGACAGAAUAAUGGCAAACAGAAGAAAAAGAAAGACAGUCGCAAAAAGAAAUGUGUCAUUUUGUAACAAACACCCCUCGUUAUAACUCUCCCCAACUGUGCAAAGACAUCUCCACAUCAACGCCCAAACUAGGGGCUCGGAAAUCAGCCACGCUGUGUCCAGCCAAGUUGACUGGACAGGGUUAGAGAAAGACUUAGGAUGGAUGUCACCAGUUGGCAGAUGUCCCAGGACUCUCCCUAACCAAGGCAUCCGUUCACAGACAGCGUCACUUUUUUCAGGAACAGUUUCUGAACAUUUGGAAACAACGAUGUGUUUCGAUAUUUAGAGAAAAGCUGUGGGGUCUUUGGAAACAGCAUGUCAGGAUUCAUGCUAACAUGUAUGUUUUGAUAAUGUUUCAUCAAAAUUUGAGUGUAAGAUCCAGAUUUUCAGGUUUGAAAUUGUUACAUUUGUUUUUGUGUGUUGAUAAUUACUGAUUAACGAAUAGAAAGAUGGAAAGGUAAAAAGAAAAACCUGAAGAACAUUUUAUAUGCUUCAUUGUAUAUGAUAGGACCAAAAGUGUACUUUUCAAUAUCCAAUGUACGCAACCUAUUCAAUCAUUGUGCUGCUUGCAUGGAAUGCAAUGUAUGGCUUGUAGUGUAAGGGAGGUAACUCUUCAUGCAGAGCUGCUACCAGUUGCAGCAACAAGGCUUUUGAAAUCCUUCAACUCAGAAUUUAAAUGUUUAAAAUCAUUUUUGCAAAUCAAAUGCCAUGUGUAAAUGUACUUGUACAAAUAUUCUUGUAUUGAAUUAUGUAUGACAUUUUGAGAUUGAAACUAAAAUGAUGCACUCUUGCUCUAUAAUAUCGCUAUGAAAAUUUCGACACCUGUUUCAGCUUCAUGGUAUUUUGGUUGCAUGGACAGCCUCAUUGUUUUGAAUAAAUAUGUCACAUGUCCGUAGAUUGUCACGAGGAAUAUUCAGAAUACCAUGUCUUAAUGGACCCUUUAAAAAGAUUGAUUUGACUACACUGUUGAAUUCAUGUUUUGGUAUAAACUUGUAAGAUAUG